UUGCAAUUGCCCACCUGGAGCACGAGGUCGACCUGGACGUAUGGGGCCAUUCGGUCCAUCCGGUUCGAAUGGUCCGGACGGUUCACCAGGGGAUAUUGGUCCACCAGGAAAUCAAGGGCCUCCGGGGUCACCUGGGUCCCAUGGAAUCAUUGGCACCAAUGGCAUCACCGGGUCUAUGGGAUCGACUGGAGCACCCGGGAUUCCUGGAAAAGAUGGAAGUCCAGGGGAGGCUGGUUUAAUUGGAUUAGCCGGAUCUCCUGGGAAUCCGGGGGUGUCUGGUGCUCAUGGAAUGUUUGGAGCAGUGGGUGUGUCUGGACUGUAUGGACGAACUGGUGCCCCUGGAAGUUCAGGGAAAUAUGGAGCCAAUGGACCCACUGGCCCGGUUGGCCAGAGCGGAACACCUGGAGCUGACGGUGCUAUUGGGCCCCCUGGUAGUCCAGGCCCAAUGGGGUCAUUUGGACCACUGGGCGUUACAGGGGCUACAGGAGAAGUUGGAGAACCAGGAUUGAUCGGGGCAGGUGGUAGUGCCGGUAUAACUGGCAUCAGUGGGUUGAGUGGAAAAGAUGGGCAAGAUGGACAAGAUGGAAAAGAUGGGCCAAUGGGUCUUGUUGGAAGUCCUGGACAGAUUGGCCAACCUGGUAUCAACGGUGGUUUUGGAACUCCAGGGUUAUCUCGAAUUCCUGGCACUCCCGGUCCUCCUGGACUAUCAGGACUUCCGGGUUUUCGGUGACCUCCAGGAUUGCCACCCCCACUCCCUACACGUAAGUGACUAACCUUUUCUGC